AUGCCUGUUGCGACAAGACCACCGCUCAAGAAGGCUCUCAGCAUCGCAGUGCAGUACUCUACUCUGAAAGAGUAUAGCCUAGAACUCCCUGGAGCAUGCAACGAUCCGAAGAUCCUAUCGGACCUCUUGCAUAAUGUCUAUGGCUAUGAACAAGACCACAUCAUCAUCCUAUUGGACGACGAAUCCAGUGAUCAUCGACGGCCGACUAAGGAAAACAUUGAGCGCGCAAUGCACGCGCUAGUCGCGGAUGCACAGCCCGGAGAUCACUUCGUCUUUCACUUCUCGGGACACGGCGCGCAAGUACUGAACGAGGAUGGUACCGAGAAAAGCGGAUUUGACGACGUCAUUUGGCCCGCCGACGUGGAAUACGAUUCCGACGGCAAUUUCGCCAACUACAUCAAGGAUGACGAAAUUCACGAUGUCCUAGUGAACCAUGUCCCUUUAGGCGCACACUUCAUGAUGAUCUUCGACUGCUGUCAUUCUGGCACGAUGGCCGAUCUGCCGAAUGACAGCGCAGACUGUCCGCCCCUGACACCUUCGUCCUCGACGUCGAGUACGAUGUCAAUACCUUCAUAUGCGAAGAACAAUACCGAGGAGGGCCUCCAGCGCAAGACGGCGCAAGAGACUUUCUUUCCCGCUGCCGCUUUCACUCAUGACUUGGAUGAGAAUGCGCCAGCCGUUGCCGACAUAGUGAGUAUGCGAACUUGCGAAGAUAUAAGUCUCUCGCUUACGAUGUGUUUGAGACUUCAUUGGCACAAUCCAGCGAACCACGCAGAAUUACUGCGCAACGUGACACGCGAGAUCGCGAAGAUCACUGCGAAGAUCAAUUCGCAUCUCUCGAGCGAUGAACAGUUCGAGACCCCAACGCCGGAGGUGCGGUUUAUCUAUGCUGUGUCGUAA